UUGUUGUCUUUUACAGUGUUGUGCAACUUAAUUAAUUAAACCUUUACACUCAGAGCAGAGCUUAUCUAUCUGUGUUAUCUUGGCGCAAUACAGUGAACUGCUUUUCUCAGUACUCCAGGUUUAGGAGCUAUAUGUCAGUGUGGGCGGAGAAAAAGGGGCAUAUAGCUAGCUAACGUUCUUGAGUGUUUGCAUUGGUUAUAUAAAAUAACUGGAAGAAGUGUGAUGGCUCAUGCUGACGGGCCCUUGAAGGGCAUAACGACUUGUCAUCUCAGCAAGGGCAUCACGUUCUACACGGAUGAGAAUAUGGUGAACCCUGCAGUCAGCGGCCAGCCCAAGCCGUUGCUUUUGUUGCUCCCGUGGCUCGGCUCGAGGCCUCAGGCUCAAGCCAAGUACUGUGAGAUCUACCUUAGAACAGGCUUUGAUGUGCUGGUGGUAGAGAGCAACCUAGGUCAUUUCCUCUGGCCUCGCUGGGGCCUGGAGUACAGUGCACAACUGCUGCAGCUGCUGGAGAGCGAGCGCUUCUCAAAGCAUCCUCUGGUGGUCCACGCCUUCUCCGUCGGAGGAUACAUGUUCGCUCAGCUGCUCGUUCACGUGGCCAAAGACACGCAGAGGUAUCAGGGCCUGAUCAACAGAGUGAGGGGGCAGAUCUACGACAGCCUGGUUAUCGGCUCGCUGGAGCACAUGGCUAUAGGUGUGAGUAAGACCUUGUUCCCUCGUUUUGAGCGCCUGAUGAAGGGCACCAGCCUCCUUUACUUCCACGUGUUCAAACGGCAGACGGUGGACUACUUCAACGUGUGUAUCGACGUGUUCUGGAACACGGCUCUGACCUCUCCUGCGCUUUACUACUUCUGUGAUAACGAUGUGAUGUGUGACCUAGAGGUCACACACAAUCUGAUGGAGCACUGGAAGAGGCGGGGUAUUACUGUGACGAGUAAGAGGUGGGAGGAGUCUAUCCAUGCCGGGCAUCUGCGUGCCCAUCCUGAGGAGUACCUGUCAAUCCUAGACCAGUUCCUCUGUUCUCUCAAUAUUCUACCUGUAAAAUCCAAAUUGUAAAGAUUUCAUAGAGACACGUUCAUGAUAACAUACAGCACUGUACUAGGAACUGUUUUCAUUUUAGUGCAUCACUUUAGGGGAAAUUUCUCUUUUAAUGUUUCACAUUUGCCUUAAAACAAGUGGUUUAAUGUAAAGAAACAUUUUGAUAUCAUUGAUUUGAUGUUUUUUGUACUUUUUCCCGAAACGUUUAAGCAGAACUAACAUUCGAAUAUGAUAAUUAAAUAUAUUAUUAUAAUAAUGUGUAUUACUUUAUAUGAGUGAAUACAUAGGACACUAACCUGUGUAAUAUUUUCUGAAUAAAUAU